UCAUUUUCCGGCGAUACGUGCAAAGCUCUGCCUGUUCCAAAACAAACACGACCGCGCUCGUUGUACUCAAAUGAGCCGAGUGACCGCAGCCAAUCACAGCGCGUGCUCUCAUUACACCUUCUUUUCAGAAAUCAUUCAUAACGUCCAUGCGUCAAACUCUCACUGAGGAGCCGGCUAUAAAUACGGCUGCGCGCGAGCCACAGUUCAGACAUUUCCCCAAAAAUCCAAGAGAGGACACAGCAGCGCGAGACCCGUGGGAGAAACCGGCGUUUGAUUUUCCCAACAUCCUCUCCUUGAAUCCCCGCUCCACAGAUUUUGAUCUUCUACAUUUCUAUAUUCAUCUCACUAUGUUGGGCGGAUUAUGUUUGGCGCGUGCCGCGGCAGCAGUGGCGGUGCUGUGCGCCGUGCUGCCCACAGGGACGCUGGGUUCCCCGGUGGUGGCGCCAGAGCCGAUUCGAUGCGCGCCGUGCACCCCGGAGAAGCUGAGCCAGUGUCCGGCGGUGGCGCCCGGGUGCGCCGAGGUGAUGCGGGAGCCCGGCUGUGGAUGCUGCCUCGCCUGCGCCCUGAAGACCGGCGAGCUGUGCGGGAUGUACACGGCGCCGUGCGGCUCCGGACUGAGGUGCACCCCGAGACCCGGCGACCCGCGGCCGCUGCACUCCCUCACCCGAGGACAAGCCGUGUGCACGGAGAGCACCGAGCCCGAGCCGAGCCCCGAGCCCCAGACGCAAGAUCAGGAAGAGCCAGAGGCCGAGAUGGACAACGCUGCCGUCGUCUCUGACCCCGGCUCCAACCACUACCUCCCCGGCCACACGAAGCCCUACGACCCGAGAGCCGCUGCUGACGCUCAGGAGAGCAUGAAAGCCAAACUCGUCUGCAUCCGCAAGAAGCUGGUGGAGCAGGCUCCUUGUCACAUUGAGCUGCAGAGAGCGCUGGAGAAAAUCGCCAAAUCCCAUCAGAAACUGGGCGACAAGUUAACCAGAUUCUACCUCCCAAACUGUGACAAACACGGCCUCUACAAACCCAAACAGUGCGAGUCGUCUCUGGACGGACAGAGAGGUCGAUGCUGGUGCGUGAACUCCUGGAACGGCAAGAGGAUUUUGGGGUCGACCGACCUGCCCGCAGACGCCGAGUGUCCUUGAAGGAGGCCACCACUGAUGCAGGGAGGAGGAGGAGGAGGAGGAGGAGGAGGAAGAGGAGCAGAAACAAGCCACUGAUUUUUCCUUUUUCAUAGUUGUUUAUUUAUUUUUUAUCUCGUCCAUGGUGGUGUUUCAUUCAGGUACACUGUCAUUUGGGAACUGUGGGUCCCCGUUCUCUUCAAACACCCGUCCCAAAGAGAACAAGUACAUACAUAUACAUAUAUAUCUAUGUAUAAACAAAUAUAUAUGUAUGUAUAUAUAUAUAUAUAUAUAUGUAUACGUUUCUUCUAAAAAGGAGAUUUUAAAGUUGCAUUCACGUAUACUCUUCAGCCUUAUUUAUUUCAAUGCUACUACAUUUCAUUUUUGUUAUCGUUUGUAAUUAUUUGGUGCAUAUUUAUAUAAAUGUGUUGUUGUUGUUGUUAUUAUUAUUAUAAUAAUAUUUUUUAUGGUUGUUUUUUUCUGUAUAAAGUGUACAUAUGUAUCUUGGCCCUGAGGAAAACUCCACUGCUGAUUUGAGCUCGCUCUAAACCUUAAAGGAGUUGUCGACGUUUGGUUCGCGUGAAACUGAGCGAAGAAACAAAACAAGAGAAGAAAAAAAGCACUGAGUGACCAAAUGUCAUUUAGAAGAAUUUUCUAAAUGUUGUUUUUAUGACUCAUUUUCAUAUUGUUGUCAUUGUUUUGUCGCCUUUUUGUUUUAGAACAUUUCCAAUGUCACACACUCUUUUGUCCACGAAUGCAAAACUCAGUCAGGAAACAGUCUCAGAACACAUUUCCCAUAAUUCCAUGGGACUACAGAUAGCGUGACAGGAGGUGCCUCCCAGCGCUGCAUCUCACACGGGUAUUUCUACAUUUCUUACCUACCUCCGAUUGUUGUGUGUGUGUGUGUGUGUGUGUGUUGUCUUGCCGUGGUUGUGUUUAACUUUACAUGUCGUGGUUCUUCUUCUCGCUGACCAAGAACACACGCGACCACAAAGAGCGCGUCGCCCUCCGCUCUGUAUCCACAUGCUGCUGUUUUGGCGGGAAAGAGAGGAUUUUAUUGUUUGUUUGAAUGUGAGUCGGCGCCAAAGUGAUGAACUGCUCACUCACACGUGUAUACGUACACUUUUUUUUUGUAAUUUGAGAUGUAAAAGAAGAAGAAGAAGAGAGAAAGGUGAUAUAUUUAAUAAAAACGUUAACCUCAGCUGUGUGCUCUCGCGGUUUCAUUUUUGUGCACAAACCCCCACCAGUUUCGAAUCGUGACACUUCCAUCGGGACGCGAUUGUGAAAGUCCCCGCACCGCACCUCUCUAUUUGCAGCGUGUUUGUGCGCAGUGUUAUCACGGUGACCCAAAGUGGACGUCCUGGUCUAAGUUUGGCUCAGUUCUGCCCCGCGCUGCCUUUUGACCCGCUCUCUGUUUGCCUUUGGGUCGGGCACAGGAAUUCACCGCUGCCCGCCUGCCUGGCACCACCACAUUUAUUUUUAUUCUUCACAUAUUGAACCUGCACUUUGUCCCCACCGUUGACACAUUGCGAGACUGAGGGGAGCCUGAUUGGAGUUCAACUGAAGAGUCGAGAAAACAAAACCUCAGACACGGCAUCCUGGGAUGUGUUCACUGUUUUUUCUUUUUA